GACGUGGCGGCAAUUAACUCCGCCAAAUUUCAAAGAUGGCGGGCGAAACAAUGAAUUUAGAAGGCUCGGAUGUUUUGAAGAUUUUACGUGAAGACGACACAUUUGAAAUGUUUCUGGAGAAGGAUUUUGAUGCUAAGGGUUAUGCAAACAAUGUCAUUGAAAGUAAAGCAAUUGGAGACUGUCUGGAAAAAUUGGCUGACGGUAUACGCCUGCUUGAUAAAGAACUACAUUCACAGGUUGUAUCCAGACACGAGGAUCUUUUACAGCAGGCGACUGGUAUAGAAACAUUGGAAGGUGUUUUGCAAAUGAUGACCUCAAGAAUUACAUCUUUGCAAUUGUCACUUGAAAGAAUACACCAACAGAUUAGUGAACCGUAUGAAAAAAUCCGUGCAAGAACAUUACAGCUACGCAGGUUACAAACAACAUGUGAUCUGUUGCGUCGGGUAAUCAGGAUAAGUUAUCUCACAAGACGUCUUGAAAGUCAAUUAAAAGGAGGGAUUAAAGAGACAACCAAGGCAGCUCAAAGUCUUAAUGAACUAGGUUAUUUAAUGGAAGGUGUAGAUUUAGAUGGCAUUGAGGUCUUACAUAAAGAUAUUGAAUUUACAAGAAAAGCAAGGACAGAGGUGACCUCACAAGCUGAAAAUAUGCUCACGCAAGGAAUGCAUAACUUGAACCAGACGCAGGUUGCUACUGCCCUUCAAGUAUUUCAUAAUCUUGGCGUUUUACACGAGACCAUCGAAACGUUGGUUGAAUUGGAGAGAGGAGAGUUUCGAACGCACAUUAAAAAUACAUUAGAUAUAAACAAUCUUAUGUAUUCACAAAAUGGAAACUCGGGUCCAGGUCGCGCCGCCGUUCCCGCCCCAGGAAACACGGCUAUGUGGCGAGCAACUUUGUGGACUGGAAUGGAGAAACUGAUGGAUAAGAUUUAUAGUUACUGUGGAAAGAUUCAUCAUCUCCUUAAAGUUCUUUCAAAGAAAAGAGAUCCAGUUACGCAUGUUUGCUUUAUGGAGGAAUUUCUUAAGGAAAAUAAGAAAAGUAAAGUUUUGUCAUUUUGGAAGUUAUUCACUGAAACAUUACGAGAAGAACUUACUUCUGCAGCAAAUAAAUCGCCGUUUCUAAAACAAGCUUUUGAAGGGGAAUAUCCUAAGUUGCUUCGAUUGUACAAUGAACUGUGGGCGCGUCUACGGCAAUUUCAUUUAACAAACAGCGCGAAUAAUUUGUACACGGGUGGAGUCGCCGAGGUUGUUUAUGGCGUCUUUCAUAUAUAUCAAGAAUCGGAUAUAAGUCCCGAAGAUCUGUUACGGAACUCGUUAUCGGGAUUCGAGAGCGCUUAUCUUUCGCGCUCGCUCUCUCGACUCUUCGAUCCCAUCAAUCUCGUGUUUCCUGCUGGAGCCCAGGCUCCUCCAUCGAAAGAAGACGUGGCUGGAAUCGUGAAAACUAUUGCAAGUGAAAUGAAUGUGGCGAAUGUCGACGUUGGAUUAAGUGUUUCUGUGUCAAGAAAUGUAGAAAAAACACUUCAGUUGUACACAGCAAAAUCUGAACAGUUGCUCGUCACUUCUCCAGAUGCGUACGAAAUCGAAAUAGAGAUCAGUGAAAGCCAAAUGAAAAACGCCGCAAUAGUUAAUAUGCUGUACGAAUUGCAUCAGUCAACAAUCGAGAUCUUAGGAAAACUAAAUUAUCCUAAACUUGGCGUAGAAGCAAUACACAACGCCUUAAAACAAAUUCUUUCACUGAUCGAUAAUGCCGUAGAACAUCUAUUCAUGUCAAUGCAGAGAAGAAUGGAAGAAAUAAUUUAUAAUAUUUACGUGGAGGACUUCUCAAGUGCUCAGCUCUCUGUUAACCUCUCAGAUAUCCCCGAAGCACCAUGCUCGUCCUAUAUAAAUGAACUUCAGGAUUUUAUUGUUCAUCUGAAAAGAAAGAUCUUGUCCCUCUACAAUUGUGGAGAACUCUUUUUAGACAGAUUGAAUAAAAUGGCCGCUCGUAUUUUACACGUGUUUGUUCGUCAUGUGAGUUUAUUGCGAUAUUUGGGUGAAGGAGGAAAAUUAAGGUUGGCCGCAGAUAUGGCACAGAUUGAGUUUGCCGUUGGUCCUUUAUGUCGUCGUGUUUCUGAUCUUGGACGUUCUUAUAAAACACUACGAUCAUUUAGACCUCUACUAUUUCAAACGGCUGUUGACAUCUCCAACAAUCCAGCUCUUGGCGAAAGCUUACCUUUUUCAUUAGUCUUACACCACCUUCUUGCUCAAGGACCAUCCGAUCUUCUAUCACCUUAUGAGGUUAAAGGAUGGUCUCUACGUUAUUAUAAUCAAUGGCUCGAUGAACAUGAAUCAGAAAAUGAAAGACUUACUUUGAUAAGUGUUGCUCUGGAAACAUAUGUCCAAUCGGUGAGAUCACGUGGGGAAAAAGAAUUUGCAUCCGUAUACCCAAUCUUACUCAAAGUAUUACAGAAAGCAUCAACGUGAUAGGACGGUAUUGUACAAUUCGAAUCGUAUUUAACGCUGGUCCGGUUAUUUCUCAUCUCGGUAUCUAAUAUAUCCCAUAUUGCGUUUCCUUAAAAAUAAUUUCGUGAAAUUUGUUUAA